AUGUAUGGAGAGGCUGUGGGGCCGCUGCCUCCGCUCCAAUCCACCACUGGGAAUCCUUCAACCCCGACCUCUUUUAUGUACUUUACUUCUACUCCGUACACCUCAUCCACCCCGUCACUCCGAAACAGCAUGAAAGCCCCAAAAGCAUGCCUGCAAUGCCGAUCCUCCAAACGAAAAUGCACUCGCCUCGGCCCAGGCGAGCCCUGCAACGCAUGUCAGCAGCGACGAAUCAAAUGUAGUGCCGAGUUGCGAAGGCAAAACCCGGUGGGAGUGAACAGCGAGCCAAAUCCCGAGCCGGUGGUGGUUCUCAGCGAAGAACAGCAAUCUCGCAAUGAGCCUGUCCGGCAUCAUCACCCAACCUCGGACCCAUUUCGAUUCCCCUGGGAGACCACUGUGGAGCUGGUCGACCUGUAUCUCGCCAAGGUCCACGAUAGGCCGCAUAGUAUCUUCCACCCGGCGACAUUGCGGGCCCAGGUGCGCAAUGGCACCGUGGGAAAGGCCUUACUGUACGCUGUCUGCGCCCCCGGGGCCAAGUUCUCUUCAUACCCGGACCGACGCGACCUGGAAGCGCGGUUGACCGGGGAGGCCAAGCGGCUGCUCCAAGGCGACCUUGAGAAUGUCUGUCUCGAGAACAUGCAGACCUGCAUCCUGAUUGCGACCCUGAGUGCGGGAAAUUGUGAGCCAUCUUCGGAGGCACUCUUCGUUCGAAUCGCCACCUCAAUGGCCGAGAUCAUGUCGCUCGACUCCUCCCCAGCGAUGAACGGAUCCCUCAUCACGCGCGAAAUCAUCCGCAGAGUCUGGUGCUCGCUCUACGUGGCGGACCGCUGGUGUUCCUCGGGGCUCGGUCUCCCCCGUCACAUGGACGAAUACAGCAAGCCCUACGGGCUGCCUAUAGACGAGAUCACCUUCCAGUCUCUACCACCCGACACGAGCAACGAUUCAGAAGCACCGCCGCCGACAGACCUUAACCGUCAGGCCGCUCGCGGCUGCACCGACACCGUCGAACUGGACCAGGAGGUCCAGGACUUAGGCGAACAGCUCGAAGCGUGGAACAAGAUGCUCCCCGCCGAGACGCAGAUGACGGUGCCCAACCUACACAGUCACCAGCAGUCCGGACGAGGGGGACUCUUCAUUGCUCUGCACCUGGCGUAUCACCAUUACUCCACCCUGCUGUACUUCCGUUUCCUCGAGGACGACCAAACCCAUACCCAAAGCCACCACCGCACGCAAGCCCCUUCAUCCAAGCCAUCAUCCCAUAACUCCCGCAUCUACAUCCGCCGCUGCAAGCACCACGCCUCCUCCUUCAGCAACCUCCUCCACCUCGCCCGGCAAAUCAAGGGUUGCGAAAACAAUUACCCGACCAUCGGCCACAUGACCACCGUCUCCUCCUCCGUCCUCCUCCACACUCUCCUCCUGGGCGACCCGACAGAACUCGAGGGCGCGCGCGCCGCGCUGAAUGCCAAUUUUGAGGUGUUGAUCGAGCAACAGCAGUUCUGGCCAAACACGAAAGCCAUGAUCAACAGACUAAUGACCUUCCAAAACAUCUGCCUGCUCUCCACGGAAUCUCACAAAUUCGACGGCUGGAUGGUCCGGUGCAUCCUCGAGCACUCCCGCGCAUUGGGUCAGCGCGAGCUGCCGUGCGUCCCGGCCAAUGUGUUGCUAGAUGUGGAGUCCGAGAGUAUGGCGCUCAAGGCGAGAGAGUGGAUGGAGCAGGGUAGGUAUAUGGAUUUUGAGGCUUCCACAGUAACAAGCCGGUAGUGCGGUGCGUGCGGUACGAGAAAUUUGCUUUCCGCCCCACCCCCGUAAAAAAAGGCCUUCAUAUCCUCAAUGUUCGUGUAAGAACUAGAUGUGCUACUUCCGAAGCCCUAG